UGUCUUUGGCUAGUUAUCUUCAAAUCAAGACACCUAGACAUGUACUAUCUAAAAAUGAUUAUUUUAAAUUGAGGCGGACGGAAAUUUUGCGUUUAUAAGAAGCCAGACGUGGUCGGGCCCACUUUCAGUUAUUAAACAUCAAUAGAUCUGUCAACACUUGGUUUCGAUAUGAUUGAAUCCCAGAGCUAUUACAAUGAGGAUACAAAAAUCUGGCAUGGACCCAUAAUAGAGCCUAGCUAUGGCUUAAAUGACUCGAUUGGUUCGGUCAUAUUGGAGGCUAUGCGAAAAGAUCCUGACCAUGUAAUACAGAUCAGCUAUCCAAGUGGAAAGGAGUUCACAAAUCGAGAAAUGGCUGAACUGUCAUGCCGUGCUGCCACGCAUUACGGGAAACUCAAGUUGGAACAGACCGAUGUGGUUGGCAUCUGUGCGGGAAACAGUGAUUAUGUGGCUCCCAUAUUCUAUGGCGCCAUAUUUUCCGGCCUUUGUCUGAGCACCACAGACCCCAGUGCCAAUGUCAAGGGUCUCAGACACACCUACUCCCUGACCAAACCCAAAAUUAUGUUUUGUGAUGGUGAUAUUUAUGAUAAGGUUCAACAAGCUUUGCAAGAGUGUGGUCUUGAAGAUACUGUUAUCUAUACGGUUCGCAAUCACAUUGAAGGAGUUCCAAACGUCAUGGAGGUUUUAGAUGAAAAAUAUUCGGAUACAGAUUUCAGAGUACCUGUACUCAAGCAUGGUGGACGGCAGGAUGCCUUUUUCCUGUGCACUUCCGGAUCGACAAGUUUGCCCAAGGCCGUACGCUUAUCUCACUACACCGUUUUAAAUCGAAUUCAAAGCGAACGAACUGAAGAUCAAAAAAUGCUGGUAUUCAGUAGCGUUUACUGGUUAAUGGGCCUUUUGACGCUGGUCCAGUGCGCAGUGAAUCACACCACUCGUGUGAUAUCAGAAAACCCAUUUACACCCAAGGACUUCUAUGAUAUUGUGGAAAAGCAUCGAAUUACCCUUGCAGCCAGCUCUCCAUCCCACAUUCCAUUGUGUUUGGCCUGUCCCGAAACCCUUGCAGCCAGUGACUUAUCUAGUAUAGAGGUCAUGGUAGUCACAGGAAAAUCUCUGCCCUAUCCAUUGGUUGCAAAAUUUAAAGAGUACGCCGUCAAUUGUUUUUUCCCCAUUCUUUAUGGCAUGACAGAGCUGUGUGGGGCCGUGUCGAGUGGUGAAGUAAAUCCUCGCAAUUCUGCGGGCUCAAUUGUGGCCAAUACAAAUGUUAAAAUUAUGAACGAUGCUGGAGAGCGAUUGGGACCAAAUGAAACGGGAGAAAUUUAUGUGCAGGCGAAAUUUAUCAGCUCAGGUUACUAUUGUAAUCCGGAAGCAAAUAGCAAGACAUUCCUUGAGGAUGGCUGGGUGCGUACCGGCGAUAUGGGUUACUUCAAUGAUGACGGAGAACUUUUUAUAGUCGAUCGCCGCCAGGACAUUAUGAAAUACAACAAUUUCCAUUUCUCACCCACCACAAUUGAGAAGGUCAUUUGCGAAAUACCCGAUGUGGCCGAGGUAUGUGUGGUCGGCAUUCCCGAUCUAAUCUAUGACAAUUUGCCGGCUGCUGCUGUCAUCAGGCGUAAUGGUGCAAAUAUAACGGAGUCAGAGAUCAGUGAAUAUGUUGCAAGUCGAAUGCAACACUUUGAGAAUUUACAUGGGGGUGUUUAUUUCUUUGAAAGUUUACCCCUAACGGCUUCGGGUAAAAUUAUACGCAAGGAUGUUACGGAAAUGUGUGCCAAAUUAAAGAAAUUGAAUGAACGUUAAAAAAAUAAACUGUUGUUUUUUCUUGGA